GUUAAUAAUCACAUUGCUUGCUAAUUUUCUCUUAUAAGUACUCCAACAUCAAUCAUCACGACAUAAUAUAACAUCUACUCAAUAAAAAAAAUUUGCAACCUUAGACUUUAAUCUUAAUUCAAAAAUCAUUCUGUACUUGAAAAACCAUGGUGGAAAAUCAAAAUUUCAUCAAGCAUUACUUCAUAAUCCUUUGUGUCCUCUUAUCAGCCUUUUUUCCUCCACAAGUUGUUGCUUUUUCCAAAAUCACUUCUUUCACCUCUACUAAUAAUGUUCAUGUUCAAACUUCUCUUGAAGAAAGUGAAGCAAAUGCUUUGUUAAAGUGGAAACUAAGCUUUGAUAAUGAAAGCCAAGCUCUUUUGUCAACUUGGAAAAGAACUACUAGCCCAUGCACAUGGGAAGGAAUUAAAUGUGACAAACCCAACUCCAUCUCUAGCAUAAAUCUUGCAAAUUAUGGAAUAAAAGGUAAACUCCAAUCUCUUACCUUCUCUUCAUUCCCCAACCUUAUUACCAUAAACAUCUACCAAAACCACUUUUAUGGAACCAUUCCACCACAAAUUGGUAACUUGUCCAAAAUAAAUGUUUUGAACUUUUCUAUAAACCCACUUGAAGGUUCCAUCCCUAAAGAAAUGUGGACAUUAAAGACUUUAAAAGGCCUUGAUCUUUCUGUUUGUCAAUUAAGUGGUGAAAUUUCUAAUUCCAUAGCAAACUUGUCCAAUUUAUCAUAUCUAGAUUUCAGUGACAACAACAAAUUUUCUAGUGGCUAUAUUCCUCAUGAGAUUGGAAAAUUGGACAAAUUAGAGUAUCUAUCUUUAGCAGGUUGUAAUCUUAUUGGUUCCAUUCCACAAGAAAUUGGAAUGUUGACAAACCUUGGUUUUAUUGAUUUGUCAAGGAACAUUCUUUCUGGUACCAUACCAAAAACAAUUGGUAACAUGAGUAACUUAAAUAAACUUUACCUUGCUAAUAACACCAAGUUGUGUGGAGAAAUUCCACACACCUUGUGGAACAUGUCUAAGUUGACCAUGCUUUACCUUGAUAACAAUAAUUUUUCUGGAUCAAUUCCUGAUUCUGUCCAAAACUUGGUCAAUUUGAAUCACCUUAUGAUUUAUUCCAACAACCUUCUUGGAUCUAUUCCUUACACCAUAGGAAACUUGACUAAGUUAAGACAACUGAGAAUGUUCUCUAAUCAUUUGUCUGGAUCAGUCCCUGCUUCUAUUGGACAAUUAAUCAAUUUGGAAGUCAUAAGUUUCCAAGAAAACAAUCUUUCAGGGCCUAUUCUUGACAUAAUUGGAAAUUUGACAAAGUUAAUCAUUUUGGAAUUAUCCAUCAAUAAAUUUAAUGGUAGCAUUCCACAAAGGUUAUUUAAUAACUUUACCAAAUGGGAUACCUUUUCAUUAGACAAUAAUGAUUUCACUGGCCAUUUGCCACCUCAAAUAUGUUCUGGUGGAUCUCUAACAGAUUUCCAUGCUUUUCAAAACCAUUUCACUGGUCCAAUACCAACAAGCUUGAAAAACUGCUCUACUAUUGAAAGACUUAGGCUUGAGGGUAAUCAAAUUGAAGGAGAUAUAUCACAAGAUUUCGGCGUGUAUCCGAAAUUGACAUACAUUGAUCUAAGUGACAAUAAGUUUCAUGGUCACAUUUCAUCAAACUGGGGGAAGUGUCCUAGUCUUAUUACCUUGAUGAUAUCCAACAAUAAUAUCUCUGGUGGCAUACCAUCAACACUUUUGGAGGCAAACAUGCUAGGCAAACUUCACCUUUCUUCCAACCAAUUAACAGGAAAGCUUCCAAAGGAACUUGGAUACAUGAAAUCAUUACUUGAAGUUAAGAUUAGCAACAAUCAUCUCUCAGGAAAUAUUCCAAGUGAAAUUGGGUUGUUACAAAAUCUCAUAGUUUUUGAUGUUGGAGGAAACAUGUUGAGUGGCACAAUUCCAAAGGAAGUUGUGAAGUUACCCUUGUUAAUGAACUUGAAUUUGAGCAAAAACAAUUUUGAAGGGAGAAUUCCCUCAGAGUUUAAACUCUCACAGCCUCUUGAAUCUCUUGAUCUUAGUUGGAAUUUGUUGAGUGGAACCAUACCAACAGUUCUAGGAGAGUUGGAUCAUUUACAAAAUCUGAAUUUGUCAUGCAAUAAUCUUUCUGGCACCAUUCCAUCAAGUUUUGAGGAUCCAAUGUCAAGCUUGACUUAUGUCAACAUAUCAAACAAUCAGUUAGAAGGUAGAAUACCAAAUAAUCAAGCUUUUCUCCAUGCCUCAAUUGAAUCAUUACAAAAUAACAAAGGCUUGUGUGGUAAUCACACUGGCUUAGUUUCUUGCCCAACAAGCCACAGUCAAAAGAGCCACAAGAUUUUUCUACUUGUAUUGUUUGUUAUCUUAGGUUUUCUAGUAAUAGUAUUUUGUGUAGUUGGAAUUUCAAUGUAUAUUCUUUAUAGAAGAGCAAGAAAGACAAAAACCAAGGAUGGAAAUUCUAAUGAAGCAAAAUGUGAAGACGUGUUUUCCAUAUGGAGUCAUGAUGGGAAACUGUUGUUUGAACAUAUCAUUGAAGCUACUGAGAAUUUUGAUGACAAAUAUCUCAUUGGAAUUGGAGGGGAAGGAUCUGUUUACAAGGCUAAGGUGAGUUCAGAUAUGAUUGUUGCUGUGAAGAAACUUCAUUUGGGAACAGAUGGAGAGAGGCCAAAUUUGAAGUCCUUUGAGAAUGAAAUUCAAGCUUUGACAGAAAUUCGACAUCGUAACAUCAUAAAAUUCUAUGGAUAUUGCCAACAUUCAAGGUUCUCAUUUUUGGUUUAUAGGUUCAUGGAAGGUGGAAAUUUGUCUCAAAUGCUAAUCAAUGACACACAAGCCAAUGCAUUUGAUUGGGAAAAGAGGGUGAAUGUUGUUAAAGGUGUGGCUAAUGCAUUGUCUUAUAUGCAUCAUGAUUGCACGCCUCCGAUAGUUCAUCGCGAUAUAUCGAGCAAGAAUGUUCUUUUGGAUAUAUCAUAUGAAGCUCAACUUUCUGAUUUUGGAACAGCUAAGUUUCUGAAGGCUGAUGCAAGCAGUUGGACCACAUUUGCAGGCACAUAUGGAUAUGCAGCUCCAGAGUUUUCUGAGACCAUGGAAGUCACAGAAAAAUGUGAUGUUUACAGCUUUGGAGUUCUUUGUUUUGAAAUCCUUAUUGGAAAGCAUCCAGCAGAUUUCAUUUCUACAUUGUUCUCACCAUCUACAGCCAUAAUUACUUAUAAUUUGUUGUUGAUUGAUGUUUUAGACCAACGCCUUCCUCAACCUACCAAUUCAAUUGUUGGUGAUAUCAUCUUGAUUACUAAGUUAGCAUUUUCUUGCUUGACUAAAAUUCCAUCUUCUCGCCCCACUACGGAAUAUGUUUCAAAAGAAAUAUUGAUGAGAAAAUCACAAUCACAUUUAGUGGAUCAGUUCCCCCUAAUAAGACUUGGACAACUCCUCUAAAAUCAUCAACAACUUGUUGUGUAAUUUUUCUUGAGAUUAAGAAUAAUACAGUGUCACUUUAAAAUUAUUUUAUAUUGACGAUCAAUUAUAAGAUGUCAAUUCAUAAAAUAUAUAUGUGUAACUUUAAAGUUACUUUCUCUUUAUGCUUUUAUUUUUUGUUGAAUACUUUUAUUUUGGGUGAAUUAAAUUGUCUUUAUCUUA